AUGGGAGACAAGCUGCCGGAGCCUCACGCCAGCUCUUCCCCUGCUGUGGCUGCCAGCUCGGAGGCGGAAGAAAUCGAGGUGCUGGACUCUGAGGAUGUCCUACCUAUGGCCGCAGAGGAUCACUGGAAAGCCUUAUUUGAUCAGUUCGAUCCCGACAACACCGGCUACAUCAGCACUGAGAAGUUUCGCUCCCUUCUCCAGAGACACGGCUCAGAGCUGGACCCCCACAAGCUGGAGGUCCUGCUGGCCCUGGCAGACAGCAACUCUGAAGGGAGGAUCUGCUACCAAGACUUCAUCAACCUGAUGAGCAACAAAAGGUCAAACAGCUUCCGCCAGGCCAUCCUGCAGGGCAACAGGAGGCUGUGCAGCAAGGCACUGCUGGAGGAGACAGGGCUGAGCCUCUCGCAGAGGCUGAUCCGGCACGUGGCCUACGAGACCCUGCCGCGAGAGAUCGACCGCAAGUGGUACUAUGACAGCUACACUUGCUGCCCCCCGCCCUGGUUCAUGAUCACCAUCACUAUUGUGGAGGUUGCCUUUUUUCUUUACAAUGGAGUGGUAUUGGACAGAUUUGUGCUGCAAGUCAGCCAUCCCUUGUAUCUGAAGAAUGCAUUGGUUUACCAUCCUCAGCUCCGUGCUCAGGCUUGGAGGUACCUAACCUACAUAUUCAUGCAUGCAGGGAUAGAACAUCUUGGACUCAAUGUUGUCCUUCAGCUCUUGGUUGGGGUUCCUCUGGAAAUGGUGCAUGGAGCUGCGAGGAUCAGCUUUGUGUACGUUGCUGGAGUUGUGGCAGGGUCCCUGGCAGUGUCAGUAGCUGAUAUGACUGCACCUGUGGUGGGCUCCUCUGGAGGUGUGUACGCCCUUGUCUCAGCUCACUUGGCCAAUAUAGUCAUGAACUGGUCGGGAAUGAAGUGCCAAUUCAAACUGCUGCGCAUGGCUGUUGCCUUGAUCUGUAUGAGCUUUGAAUUUGGAAGAGCUGUGUGGCUGCGGUUCCACCCCUCCGCCUACCCACCAUGCCCCCACCCCAGCUUCAUGGCUCACCUGGGAGGAGUGAUGGUUGGAAUCACCCUUGGUGUCAUCAUCCUGAGGAACUAUGAGCAGAGACUCCAAGAUCAGACUUUAUGGUGGAUCUUCCUUUCUAUUUAUGUAAUUUUUGUCCUGUUUGCCAUCUUCUGGAAUAUUUUUGCCUACAGCCUGUUGGAUCUAAAGCUACCUCCCCCUCCUUGAGAACAUGGGACAGAAAACUUGAGAGUGGAAGUCAUCUGUCAGCUGUGUUAAAUGAGUGAAGAUGGAGGAUCUAUUUUUAUAUUUAAAUUAAGGGAGGAUGAUUCUUUUGAACACAGGCAUGAGCUGGAGGAGAUGCUUAAAGAUCUCAUGAAGAGAUGGGCUGAGCAGUUUGUUCACAAAUCUUGCAGGUAACGCUGGCUGGCCUGGACCCUGCAGUUUCUCCACUGUCAGGGCUCCCACUGGGCAGCCUUUACCUGAGCAUUUAUCACUUGGUUUGUUAGCACACAUCAAUGUUUUGUAAGAGAUAUUUGUACAUUCCAGGGCAGUGCUGGAAUUAGGGCCAGUUGUUGAACAGUUGCUGAACACUGAAAGGGAAACAAGAGCAGACAUUUACUCAGAUGGUACUCACAAGGCAGCUUGGGUUUGGUUUCUGUGAACACAUCUGACUGUUCAGCCACACCAGUGCCACUAUCCAAUUACUUGAAUAGUUCCUAAGAUAUUUUAGCCUAUGGUGAAACCUGUCUUAUGCAUCUUUCAAAGGAAUCAGCAGAACUUGAUCACCCAAAGUGAUGGAGACUGGUUUUCAUCUACAGGUCAAAUGAAAUUGCACUAUAAACCUUAGGAACUCUGAGAGUGUUGUGAACACCUAGCCAGAGGUGACAUUUACUGUUCAUGUUUCACUUGAUUUUAAUUAAUUAUUCCCCACUCACCCAGCCUGCUGUGGCUAGGAGGGGGUGGUUGGAGUUUCCUUUUUGAGGGAUGGAGAAAAGGAAGGGAAAUGUUCUAUUGUGUUUUUACCAGCCAUCAGGUGCUGUUUUCUUCUCACUUUCUGUCUGGCCAUGCUGAUCUAACACCUGUCCUGAAGUGAGCUCCUAGCAAGGAGCUCAACCCCUCCAGCAAGUUCUGACUAGAAACGUGGAAUCAGGGUCACCCAUAGCAGCAUGGGGUGGAAACUGUCCAGUCUUUACAGCCAUAAAGUCCAUUUGGGGCCAAAUCUGUCCACUGCAGUCAGUGGAGUUAAAUCAGGUUGUAGGCAGUGAAAGGUGCUACAGUGAACAUUGUGAAACCAAGAAAACUGCUUUAGGAGUGACUGCUGAAUUCUGAGGAGGCCUCUUCCCCAGGCAGUGGACAUUCAGGAUCUCCAAGCAGCAGCUGUUUGUAAUGAUGCCUUUUUCUCUAACACUGGUCAAGCCCAGGUGGUAGUAGUCUGUAACUGGUCUGUAGCACAGUCCAUGCAGUUGCCUGCACAUACCUGGGGACUAGACUGGAGCACCUGUAGCACAAGCAGUGCUGGUACCCUGCUCUGUAAGGUGCUUACAUUAUUUCGCUUCUCGCUUCAGAGAGCUGCCAAACUACAGUCCAGAAAUGUGGAUACCCUCCUUUUCUCUCCUCUUUACCCACCUAGUUUUUGACAGCCUGGAGUCUCUCUAGGCUAGCUCCUUUCUUCCUUUUUCCUGUUUGCAUACUGAUGCCCAGGCAACAGCCACCAGUCUUCCAUACCACAUCUCACAGGCAGUGCAGCAGUUGGGUUUGCUCUCUAGCCAGACACUUGUGUCACGGGCUUUAUUCUCUCAGCUUUGUUACUGGUGCUGCCAGAUGAUACCACCAACUGGUAGGAGUCUGUCUUUCUAGAGAGGACAUUGCCAAGUGCUCAUCAGCUGUGCCCCCUUUUUUGCCUCUAUAUAGGGGAAAAAUCACUCUGUGCUAGAAGGGUGAAGUUCUGCUCCCACAGUAUGCACUAGUAAACCUCAUGUUGCCUCGGGGAAAGGGAGGAGGGGGAAAGUGUUUCUAUAGCCUGGAUGAGCCUUAUGUGCAAAAGAAACCAUUUUUGCCACCCAUGUGCACAGAAAUGGGAUCUCUUAAGGCACCUCUGUGGUUCUGCAUGGCUCCAUGAGGGCCCUCAGAUCAAGAAACAAGAGGAAGGGUUAAGGGUUAGAGCUCUGUUAAUUUUGAGAAGGAGGUUGGUUCCCUGUGCCAUUAUACUUCUGUAGUUUGGGUCCAGAUCAAAGCAGUCAUGAGAGUUUCCAUGGACUGUUUCAGGAGCUUUCCCAGUGUGUCUUGUAGCAGUGCAGAUCAUCUCCUUGGAGAGCAGCAGGCAAGGAGAAGAGUGGGGGACAAGGAGAACACUGCCAGAAGCAUGGCUAACAUGUAAGGAGGAUGUUCCUUUCCUCACCUAUUGCUCAGCCUUUCUGAUUACAGAUGCCUUUAAAACAGAGGUGAGCAGAGAUGGGAGUUCCCUUGGAAGUUUUAAGAAAACUGAAAAUUCUGGUAGAAAAUUUAAAUCACAAAAAAUAUUUUGCCUAGGCUUUUCCAAAGUGCAGAAUGCACCAACUUUUACUUUUGGUUUCUCAAUGGAAAUCUCCUUAAGACCCAUCAGGUUCUCCCCAAGGAAGGUUUCUGCCUGCUAGUGAUGUGCUCUAAGAUGAAGCAGCAAGCUACAAGUUCGAGGGUCACCAGGUUCUUCAUUAGUCUGAGCCUG